AGGGCUAAUGAAUACAUUUGUAUUUCAGUCCAGACGUUAGGGGCCAGCAGGCGGCUGUAGUUAUGCUAGCAACGCUGCUGAAGGCAGACACGCCUCUUUGCUGUGUGUCUCUCCAAUCCCUCUCCAGAGCACACCCGCAACAUUAGCAUACGACCAAUGAUGCACGGCUCUCUGACUUCAUUGUCCCAGGCUGCUUUAAUGUGAAGUUGCCAGAUUUAUCUCUCAGUUGCAACGCAGUGAAGCCAAGAGAGAAGUUGCGUCCAGUCGAGAAGAUACCAGGAUAUCUACUCACUCACUAUACCGCUAUUCUCAUUGCUCUGAGGUGGAUUUGGAUUUUUAUGUACAAGAUGACAUUUGAGGAACUAAAUGGGGAUUAUUCUCAAGAAAGAAUGGAUUCAGUCGCGAAAGCUUUGGAGGAAGUCCUCACGUCUGCGUUACCACAGGGCUGCAUUACAGUGGGAGUCUACGAGGCUGCCAAGUCACUCAAUGUGGACCCUGAUAACGUCGUCUUGUGCAUCCUCGCCACCGACGACGAAGACGUAAAAGACGUGGCCCUGCAGAUCCACUUUACCCUCAUUCAGGCUUUCUGCUGCGAGAAUGACAUCAACAUCCUGAGAGUCAACAACACCCGGCGCCUGGCAGAGAUACUGGGAGGAGGAGGAGGAGGAGGAGGAGGUGGAAAACAGAGCGGGGGUGAACCUCUGGACCUCCACUGUGUGCUGGUCACAAGUCCACAUUCAACGUCAUGGAAAGACCCUGCUCUGACCAAAGUGAACCGAUUCUGCAGAGAGAGCCGCUGUAUGGACCAGUGGGUACCCAUCAUCAACCUGCCUGAACGAUGAACUGUUAGCCGUGAAAGCCUGUAAAAGGACUGUUAUCUGCGCAGGAAGCGUGGUGUGUACCCUGAUGGACACAUUACCAUCCAGAGAUCAAAUUCCAAAGCACUGCUGACAGGGGAAGAAACAAUUUGGAGGGGAAAAAAAAAAGCGACCCCGCUGUCUGCGUGGGAUGCAUUCAAAAGAGAAGAUGGAUUUCCACUUCAGACGGGACUGUUUGGAGCUGUCAGCCUCGGCAACCAAGACGAGAUGCCGAGGAGCUUGUAUCUUCAUGAGCUGGGAAUUCAAAAAAAAAGAGAAAGAAAAAAAAAGCAUGUGUGUGUGCUUUUUCAUGUGAAGCCGGACACUGUACAGAAGGAUUGUAUCAUGUAUGUGUGGUAAAGCCUCUGUGACGAGAAGUGGGGAGAAACCAGAAAACAGAGCUGUUGAGUUGGACCAAGGCCUCUGCCUCUCUCUGCAGAAACAAAGCACUUGUUGAAACACUGGACCUUUUGCAAUUUCACUUAUUUCAUUUAAAUUGUUAAUGUUGACGUUACUAUUGUCAUAAUUUAAAAAGGGAAGGGCUACACAUCCAGUGAAGACAUUUUGUGUACUUAGUGUUUCCUAUACCAGGUGUUUUUUUUUUGCCACAUGUAAAAUAAUUCAUUUGUUACAAUUUAAGUUAUUUCUAAUGAUAUUUAAGUGUAUUUAUGUUUCAUUUUUUACCUUAACUAUUUGCAAAAUCUAAAUACAUAUGUAUUGCUGUCAAUAAAAAGUAUUUUUUUUGGAGCGAGAA